AUGCAUCUCGUGGGCGAGAGCAGUAGAUCUGGCCUGCAGAACUCGCAAAAGCGCGCAUCCGAUGCCAUCUUGGAGCACAAAGCCGACCAUGUAGCUAAGCGAUCCCCCGCGCCAUCUCCCGCACCCACUGCUCCGCCAACGCGUCGAAAUCAACACGAACCAGAGCACAUCCUCGUUCGCGCUAAUGACUUUGACAGACGUCUUCGACAACGUGAUGAGGACGCAGCCAACAGAGAGCACAUCCACGGUCCUUUCUGGGCGCGUAAUAUGGACCAAGUCAUGCAGAUCAAACGCGAUGUUGUAGCGCACAAGUUGAAUCCAAGGGGGCUGUCAUAUGGCUCAGAGGAUUCCAGAAAACAACGUCGGCAAACCGCUGCAGAGGAAACAUGUUUUGUCGGCAACGAGGACCUCAGCUGCUAUCCUACCGCAGGUACAACCAUCGUCCAAAACAACUGGAGCAGAUUCAUCUGGAACGCCAACUAUCCGCUCUUUGCACAACGCGGCUUCGUAGACGUCUAUCUGUUUCAAGAAGAUACCGACCGUCUCGUCACGUCCUGGAUGUCCCAGGACAAUGGUCAAAACAGGCUCUCUUUCGAACCAACAGAUCUCUGGUGGACCAAUCGCACGGCAGCCAAUAACAUCCAACCAAAUCAGAACAUCUCUUGGCCUUUCUACUUUGUUGUACUCGCAUCCGGACAACCGCUGACCGGCACCACAUCGCGCCUCGCCACCUUUACAGCGGUCCAGACCACACUGCCUUACUCCAUAGCUGCAGCCAGAGCAUCGUCCAGUUCCGCUGCUUCUGCCUCUUCAGCGAGUGCUGCCAGCGCUGCCAGUGCCGCCUCUGCUUCCUCUGCCAGCGCUUCGGUCACAGCGACCGCCGCAACAGCUAGUCCAACCGGCAGUGCUGCCGCUUCCGCGUCCGCAUCAGCCCUCCAGUCCAGUCUCAGCGCUGCGCUGGAAUCUUCCUUGCACGCAUCCGGUCUCAGCGGCUCAGAGACGCUGCAGGGCACAACAAUAGCGACACUGCCCAAUGGUUCCGUCAUCACAGCUACAGCCACAGCACAAGCCAACGGAGGUCGUCUUGGAGGUAGCGGCGAUGGUGGCAAUGCCAACGGCCUAGCACUACCCACGUAUGCGAUCGUGCUCAUUUCCGUGCUCGGCUUCCUUGCCAUCGUCGCUGCGAUGGCCGGUACCUACUUUAUCAUGGCCGCGCUCCGAAGGCGACGCCAGCGACAGUAUGGUGACGGCAGCCAUCGAAGCUCUUCGCCCAUGAUGGCCGCUGCUGCUGGAUCAUUGGCUGGACGCAGCUUGACCGACGGUGGGCAUGCUGGUGAGGCGUCGCACAUGCUCGAAAACGAAGACGGAGGCCUGGUGAGCGCGGCAGGUGCAGGCGCAGCUGGGGCAGGAGCAGGAGCAGGUGCAGGUGCAGGUGCAGCCAUGAUGGCGAGCAAUUCGAGAUCGAGUCGCUAUUCGGACGAACAGCCGUUCACAUCGGACGAAGCCUCGCGCAUGGCUGAUGCUUUCCGCAACGCUCUACGCAAUCCAGAGUUUGCGCCAGGCAUGGGCGGCGGUGAAUCGUCGGGCGCCGAUGGCGAGAGCCCCAACGAGAAUGGCGGCGGAUCGCGUGCUUCAGCGCUGCUGCGUGAGGAGCUCGCCGCGGAAGGCAAAGAUUUGCAAAGUGUAGGCGACCGCAAGAAGCCCACUUGGCAUCAAGAGUAA